GCAUUCAGGCUCCCUUUGUACUCUGUGUGGCAGGAGAUUUUGUCAUUUGGGAUUAACCAAAAGAUUCUAAUUUUAAUUGAAAGUCUUUUUCUCCAUGCUAAGCAGUCCCCUGCUGCGCUCCUAGGCGCCGGGUGGCCUCGUCUGGAUGGGGAGAAAGGUUCUCCCUUAACACAAGCUAAAACCUCGUGGAGAAAAGCACAACUCCCUGCUGAAGCGCUGGCCUGAUCGCUGUCUUCUCAGGACUUCAAAAAAGAAAAGUAUUGCACAGCCCAGCCCCUGCCUGAAGCGGUUAACGACAGCGGCCAGUCAGCCCAGAGAGUCCCAGACAAUUUCUUAGUGAGCGACCGUUUAACACACACACAGACCCUCGCAGGCAGGAUGUGGGAUACUUUUCAGUCCCUUCAGCAGCACGGGUAGGCAAUAAAUCUGCGGGGUUCCUUACGGAGACUCCCGGGGCUGUUGCUGUUACAUGUGUUUCAGUGCAAGGUUACAGCACAACACUCACUUGUGGAGUUUCGGCCACACCUUCAGAGCAUUCCCCUCCGAGCUCUGGCAGAUCAUUUCUCAGUCUCUGGGGCCGCGGGGGGCUCCAAACGUAUGUGUCCCCCCUCGGGAGUCUCCGGGGCCUGAGGAGAAUGGCGGCCUCUCCAUCCCCGCCCAGCGCCUCGGAGUCUCCUCAGCAAACACCAGUCCAAAGAUGCGUGCGGCCAGCAGCACUUCCCGUCCCACGGCUAACAGACACCAGACAACCGUCUCCUCGUCGUUCAGUGAGAUGGGGAAUCCGGAGCCCGUUUCCAAGGUGGCUCGGGAACUGGGAUGCAGCCUUCACAGCUCUUGGUCCCGCAUGGAUCAGCCACCAAGCCCCAGGGCUGCCCCCAGCUCCCAUGUCUGAGCCUUUCCCCCCUGAGCUCUGGCCGGCUCAGCUCUCGGGGAAUGUGUGGAACCUGCAAGGCUGCUUGGCCUUCCUGAAACUUCCCGUACAGCCUCAGAGACGGCUACCGAGGCCGCGUCUCCGCUACAAAGUUAGGUCAGCGUUCAGCCACCAAAGUUUGUGUAUCGCUGGGCAUGUGCCCACUUGGCUGCUUGCACCAGUGCUGCUCACACUCACCAGAGUGCUUGUGUAACCCAGUAAACUUUGAUUCCACAAGUGCCCCUGUCAGCCCAUGUUACCGCAGGAGCAGCGAGCAGGUUCUGUCUCUUUUGACAGCAGAACUCCCACCUGUGGAUGAUCACACACAGGGAAAAUAUGCAGAUGUGGACAGUCGUGGAUGCCCAUAGGAUGGGGCUGGCCUUCGGGGCGGGUGGCAUGGGUGACUGCCCAGGGCGCCACGGUCCGGAGUCAAGGAGCAGGACACAGGCCUGGCCCCCACACUGCCCCCAGCCUGCCCCUCACCGUGCUUCAGCAGGAUGAUGCUGGAGGCCCCACAACACAAGCGGGGCCAGGACACAGAGCAGGACUGCCAUGGCUGGGGUGGAACUGGGGGCAUCCCAGGAGGGGAGAGGGCACAGGCUUCCCCAGGCCCAGCCCCGCCGCUGCAUGACCUCCGACAGCCAACCGCACACGCGGCGCAUGGGGGUGAUGCCUUUACGCUCUCGCCAGAGCCCCACCCUCAAGAGGGGGCCAUAAAAUGCUGGGCAUAGGGGGCUGGAACAAUGUGUAUAGUGGGGGGCUGAGAGCCACUGGACCCAACUGUAAACCCUGAGUGUGAUGGAAACCACUUCCAGCCAGGGGGUGCGGCAGCCCCCCUAGAUCCAGCCCCGGAGUGCUGUCUUCCUCUUCCCUCAUGCCUCGUCCCCACAUCGAACCACCUCUCCCCUCCACUCCCUCCUUCUCCAUCCACCCAUCUCUCGCCUCCCCCUCUCCUUUUCCCUCCAACCACCGUUCCCCUCUCUUCCCCCUCCUAUCACCUCCUGUCAAGGUUCCUUCCCCACUCUGAACUCUAGGGUACAGAUGUGGGCACCUGCAGGAAAAACCCCCUAAGCUUACUUUUACCAGCUUAGGUUAAAACUUCCCCAAGGUACAAACUAUUUUACCUUUUGCCCUUGUACUUUAUCGCUGCCACCACCAAACGUCUAACAGAUAUAUAACCGGGAAAGAGCCCGCUUGGAAAUGUCUUUUCCUCCCCAAACCCUACACCCCCUUUCCUGGGGAAGGCUUGAUAAAAAUCCUCACCAAUUUGCAUAGGUGAACACAGACCCAAAUCCUUGGAUCUUAAGAACAAUGAAAAAGGAAUCAGAUUCUUAAAAGAAGAAUUUUAAUUAAAGAAAAAGUAAAAGAAUCACCUCUCUAAACUCAGGAUGGUAAAUACCUUACAGGGUAAUUAGAUUCAAAACAUAGAGAAUCCCUUAAGUUACAAAAAGACACAAAAACAGGAAUCUACAUUCCAUUCAGCACAACUUAUUUUCUCAGCCAUUUAAACAAAACAGAAUCUAACGCAGAUCUAGCUAGAUUGCUUGCUAAGUUCUCAGACUCCAUUCCUGUUCUGACCCCGGCAAAAGCAUCACCCAGACAGAGAGAGACUUUGUUUCUCUCCCCCUCCAGCUUUUGAAAGUAUCUUGUCUCUUCACUGGUCAUUGUGGUCAGGUGCCAGCGAGGUUAUCCUAGCUUCGUACCCCUUUACAGGUGAAAGGGUUUUUCCUCUGGCCAGGAGGGAUUUUAAAGGUGUUUACCUUUCCCUUUAUAUUUAUGACACCUCCCCUCCCCGCUUCCCCAUUCAACCGCCUCUCCCCUCCACCCCUCCCCUCCCUUCCCCCAUCCAACCGCCUCUGCCCUCCCUUCCCCCUCCAUCCCCCAUCCAGUUACCUCCCCUCCCCCUCCUUCCCCAUCCAACCGCCUGCUUCCCCAUCCAACCGCCUCUCCCCUCCACUCCCUCCCUCUCCUUCCCCCUCCAACAGCCCCUCCCACACCCAAUUCUUCCCCCUCCAACCGCCUCUCCCCUACACCCACAUCCUUCCUCCCCAUCCUUCCCACCUUUCCUCACCUCAUCUUCUGCCCCUCCCCCAUGGUUCCCGAAAGGGUGGGGGUGCAGGGCUGUCAGAGGAGAAAAACAGGGGAUGCUGGCUGAGCAGGGAAGAUGGACCAGGAACCUGUGGGGGUUGCUGGCCAACCUGGGGGAGCUCAAGUCACCUCUUACCGACCUGCUUGUUUUGGGAUGACUUGGGCUUGUUUUUGAAAGGCAGGGUGGCAUAUUUAUCUCAUGAGACUUGGCAACUUUGGUUGGCUUUUACCCAUCUGUCUUGAGGUGAAAGGCUCAAAGCCCUGAUCCACCCUGAUCCCCCUCCUAUUUCCUUAAAAUGGUAAAUAGAUGGGGGAAACUGAGGCACAGACAGGUGAGGUAACCUGCCCAAGGUCUCCCAGUGAGUCAGGAGUAGAGGAAGGAAUAGAAACCAGGAGUCCCUAUUGCCAGGUCUUGUCAGGGACCAGACCAGGAGGGACAGCGGCUGGCCGGCUCUCUGAAUAACCUCCCUGCUAGACAACCUAUAAGGCCACCUGCUGCUCCUGGGACCUGCCGGAGGAGCCACAGCGCUGGCCGGCUGCCGGCUCACCAGGCCUGCUUAGACGCCUGGCACCCAGAUGAGCUCACUGGCUGCUCAAUGUGUAUCUUGCCCAUGGCAGCUGUGUUUCCCCGUCGUCCAGUCCCUCCUCCAGCCGGCUUCCAGGCCCUGCUCCUGCUCUGCUCCAGCCCCUGCUCCCCUUGGGCUUCAGACGUCUGGUUUGAUGCCCAGCCCUGCCUCUGCCUCACUCACUGCUUGGCCCCUCACUUCUGGCUUCGGCUUCUGUCUCUCUGGUACUGAUCCCGGGCUCCGCCUCUGGCUGAGGACUCUGCUGUACUCCCACCCUGGCUCUGGCAUUUGGCUUCUGACCCUGGGCCCAUUUCCUGGAUGCUGCCCAUGCUGGACCCAGCUCGAGCCCAUUAGCUGAAGUCUCACUUCCACCACGAGGCCUGACCACACAUGGCCCAGCUGGUGACAGGGUGGCUCUCACCACCAGGCAUCCUCCCCAUUUCUAUUUCUGGGCCAGGGCUGCGUCAGAGGGAGGCUCUAACCCAGCAGGCCGCUGAAAGGAUCUACCUGCCAGCGAUCGGGUCUCGGCUCAGCGCGAAGGCAGGAGAAUGGAGAGGGAGAAUAUCUAUGAGAACCUGGGGAUGAUGGAAGCUGCUCCCCAGCCAAAAGGAAAUCCUACCGAGACAUCGGUCCCUUGGCGGCGCGGGGCGGGGCGGAUCGUCACUGCUGGCCUUCUGCUCCUGACGCUUGUGACCCUCCUUGCUGUGACGCUUCUAUAUUUCCGGGCACAGAGCAAGCUGCAAGCGGUUGAAGAAGCGGUGCAGAAGCUCCAAGUCUCUCUGCGGCCUGACAACGCCUUGGAUACGUCAGCAAAGGAAUCGGACAGUCUGCAGCUCCUGGACGAAGCGCUGGCAGGAGUCCGGAUGCUGAAAGACCAGCUGGACAACGUCAGCGCAGCGCGAGCAGCAGAGCAAGGUUGCUGCAGUCAUGUGCUGACAAAGCUUUCCAGAGGCUGGAGGUUUCAUGGUGGGAACCUCUAUUACUUUUCAAAAGAAAAAAAGCCAUGGGACGAGGCCGAGCGGUUCUGUGUGUCUCAGGACUCGCACCUGACCUCUGUCUCCUCCCAGGUGGAACAGGAGUUUCUCUCCAACGAGACCAAGGGAGGAAGUCACUGGAUUGGACUCACCGACCGGGGGACAGAAGGCAUCUGGCGCUGGGUGGAUGGCACAGAAUUCAGAGCAGACGCAAGCAGGGGGUUCUGGGAGCAGAAUCAGCCAGACAACUGGCAUCAGGGGACAGGAGGCAGAGAAGACUGUGUGGAGAUCCGCCCAAGCAAGCUGAAUUUGUGGAAUGAUGCCAACUGCAAUCUGCCUUCUAGGUGGAUUUGUAAGCAGGCCCAUGGACAGGCUGGGCUGUGACAUGCAGGUCCCAGUACCUCAGAAAGCGCCUUAAUUUCCAAGCUAUGGAGCAUGUUUUCCAGCCACCUGCCGAUGAGGAGCCCUGUGCACUGGCGGGGGCCGCUUGGCAUGUGCAUUGCAGGGACGCUUUGUCUUGGUGUGAUAUUUCUGCUGUAGCAGAGACAGCUGUCCUUAUGCCGCUCAGUGUGCAUGGCUCCGUAAUUUGUAUGUUUCCAGGUCUGUCACAAAAUAAAGUCCUUGGAUCAUAGAGUUAUUGUUUCAUAAUCAGCCCAUAAAUAAUUAUUUGCCUGA